AUGGCACCCCAAGAUACUUUUAUUGACGAGGAGGAAGACACCUGUCCGCUAUGUAUCGAAGAGUUCGACCUGUCCGAUCGGAAUUUCCGACCUUGUCCAUGCGGCUACCAGGUGUGCCAGUUCUGCUUCAACAACAUAAAGAACAACAUGAACGGCCUGUGUCCCGCAUGCAGAAGACCGUACGAUGAAAAGACGAUACAGUGGAAGGUUGUUACCACGGAAGAGGUUGCCGAGUUUCGAGCAAAUAUCCAGAAGAACCAAAAGAAGCGAGCCCAAGACCAGAAGCAAAAAGAGGUUCAGAAGCGCGAGGUCGAGAAGGAGAGCCGCAAGAACCUCGUCGGCGUCCGGGUCGUUCAGAAGAACCUGGUCUAUGUAACCGGUCUGACACCUACAGUGCGAGAGGACGAACUACUCAAGACGCUGCGCAAGCCCGAGUUUUUUGGCCAAUACGGCAACAUCCAGAAGAUCUCGAUUAGCAACCGGAAGACGUCGGACGGCCAAAACUCGCUCGGGAUUUAUGUGACUUUCGAGAAGAAGGAGGACGCCCAACGGUGCAUUCAGGCUGUUAACGGUUCUCAGAACGGUGAUCGCGUACUGAGAGCCCAACUGGGCACGACAAAGUACUGCUCGGCGUGGCUGCGGCACGAACAGUGCGCCAAUAGGCAGUGUAUGUUCCUGCAUGAGUUGGGCGACGAGGAAGACAGCUACACUCGGCAGGACUUGUCUUCGAUGAACAGCAUCAGCUCUCAGCGGCCGCUGCCGGGUGGCUCCUCGUCCAACAGCGGCGGCGGACCGUCACGCGCUGCAUCGCGGCAACAGAACACCACGCCCUCUGUGCCUCCGGCGUCGCAACCCAUGGCGCGAUCGUCGAGCAAAGAGGGAUCCGAGAACGGUGGCGAUGGCCCGGCUCUGCCAGCAUCGGCCAACUGGGCGAGAAAUCCUCAGCGUAGUCGCAGGGGAAGCCACGCCACUAGUGGCGCCGCCUCCAGCCCUGCAAUUUCGACAGCUCUCCCCGCAACCGCUGAGGCAGUACCCGAGGCUAUCGACGAGACGCCCUCGAGAAAAGAGUCCCCCGCACCUGCGACCGAGAGCAAGGCCUCCAAGUCCCCCACCACAGCUGACAGCAGAAAAUCCAACUGUCUUCCGGAGAAUCUCCUCAAGGGACUCCUCAAGGCCAUGCAGGGUUGUCCUUUCAGAUACCAUGCGCCCGAUACGAACCAGAUCGAGACGAUAUACCCCCCCAUGUUCGAUCCCCACGGAGGCGAAAAGAGACGAGCUAUGCGUGAGGAGGAAGAGGCACGCUUGGGCGUCGACCAGGAGCAGCAAAGCGAUGCACAGGAAGCCUCGGAGGGCGAGCCAGAGACGGGAGGCAGCUUAGUACUCGGCGGUGAGCCUGAGGAUCGGGAUGCCGCUCGCGACGUCGCAUUCGAGCAGCGUCGACCUGGAACCCAGCCGCCUAUCCAGCGUGCCAACGGUGAUGGUCUCUUCGGCCCUGCACUUGGCGCAGGGUUUGGCCAAGCGUCUGUGUCUGGCGGCUCCGUCGGCGGUAGCCGCUCGAUGACGCCUCAGCAACAACUCUUCGUCCGGUCCCAGAGCGGCUUCGGUGAUCAUUUGCCUCCGGGCAUCGCAGCUGCGCAGCCUUCGGCGGUUCAGCAACAAGGUGGCAGCCACAACAGACAAGGUUCGAGGUUCAGCUUCGCUAAUGACAGCACGGGCACUUCAGCUUCAGUCAAGGUUGCCGCGAACCCGAGAAUCAUGGCGCAACAGACGGCCAUGAUGCCGUCAGCUUUCCACUCGCAGCCCGGCAGCCAGUAUUAUGCAUCCUCCAUGCCCGGACCUCCUCCGGGUCUCAAGUCGACAGGCACGCCACCCAACAUGUUUGGACAAGGCCACUCGUUCGGUGGCAGCUUCGGUGCGGCCUCAAAGGAUUCCGCCGAGCUUCUUCAGACGUUGAUCCGCGGUCGGGGAGCCAAUGGUCAGGGUCAUGAUGCUGGUAAGCGUGAGUACAUGUUAUCUUCUUUCUCUAAUCAGUACCCAUCCUCUACCUCCUCCACCCCAGCUCCUGCUUCGGGCCUCCUGGCGUCGCUCUACGGUAACCAGCCUGGAGCAUUCCAAGACUUCGGUCCCAAGCAGAAGAAGAAGGGGAAGAAGCACAGACAUGCUAACACUUCCUCCUCUGGGGGAGGUGGCUUAGUGGAUCUUGCGGACCCGAGUAUCCUGCAAGCAAGAAUGCAACACCAGUCGCAGAGCAACGCCGGAGUCGGACAGGGACUGUUCGGUGGACAGAGCCAAGGUGGGUACAACCCGAACAUGAUGUACAACACGCGCUUCCCCGGCGCUGGCUGGUAG